AGCUGGUGUCUGCGCCUUUAAAGCUGCCGGGGAGGAGGCUGGAGCCGCUGCGGAGUCCGGGCUGUUAGCAGCAGAACAGGAGAGCGGCCUGUGUGCUGAGGCCGUGCCCCCGCCCGCCCCGGGAGGAUGGCAGAGAGUGAGGCAGAAACCCCCGGUACCCCUGGAGAGUUCGACAGCAAAUACUUCGAGUACAAUGGAGUGCGGCUGCCUCCCUUCUGCAGGGGGAAGAUGGAGGAGAUCGCCAACUUCCCGGUCAGGGAGAGCGACAUCUGGAUCGUCACCUAUCCCAAAUCCGGAACAAGUCUGCUUCAGGAGCUGGUGUAUUUGGUGAGCCAGGAUGCUGACCCAGAUGAGAUUGGAAUAAUGAAUAUUGAUGAGCAAGUGCCCGUGCUGGAGUACCCUCAGCCUGGCCUUGAUAUCAUUAAGGAACUGACGUCCCCUCGUCUCAUUAAAAGUCACCUGCCAUAUCGUUUCCUGCCUGUAGACCUGCACAAUGGACAGUCAAAGGUUAUAUGCAUGGCCAGAAAUCCUAAAGACUUGGUGGUGUCUUACUACCAGUUUCAUCGUUCUUUACGAACAAUGAGCUACAGAGGAACCUUCCUGGAAUUCUGUCGGCGGUUUAUGAAUGAUAAGUUGGGUUAUGGUUCAUGGUUUGAACAUGUUCAAGAAUUCUGGGAACAUCGUAUGGAUUCCAAUGUCCUCUUCCUAUUAUAUGAAGAUUUACUUAAGAAUCUCGCAGGUACCGUAGAGCUCUUAGUGCGGUUCCUAGGAGUGUCAUAUGACAGGACUCAAAUAGAGUCUAUAAUUGAACACUGCCAUCAGCUUGUGGACCAAUACUGUAAUGCAGAAUCACUUCCCAUCGGAAGAGGGCGGGUUGGCCUGUGGAAGGACAUCUUUACUGUAUCGAUGAAUGAGAAAUUUGAUGCUGUUUUCAAACAGAAGAUGGGAAAAUCUGACCUCAGCUUUGACUUCAGCCUUUAAGAGAUCAACACGCAUGCUCGCCAGUAUUCUCAACUCUAGCUAGAAGUGCUUCUUCUCAUUUGUCCAUCAAUUACUGGUUAAUCUUUGCUGUUAUGUGUAUUAUGGCAGCUCAUUAGUGAUGGGUAUCGGGUAUUCUAUGUCUAUAAUAGCAGUUUCCUCAACUUUUGCCAACUAUAUAAUUAGUAGGCUGCCUCUUAGUGGAAUUGCAAGGUAUAUAAUCUAAGAAAGCAACUUAAAUGUAAACUGCGGUAGCUUAAAGGGUGAGGACAAUUAUUAUGAACUGUGAAAAUGAGAACUACUUGAAAAUAUGCAAACAUACACACGCAUGCAUGAACACACACAUGCAAAAGAAACCAAAAUUAUAAAUAAGGGAAAUUAGUGCUGCAAAGUAGAUUAUUUAGUUUUUCUCUAAAUUCCUGGCUGAUUGGGGCUUUUUCCUAUCCAGAAUACCCAAAGGUCGGUCUAGAUAAAAAUGAAACCAUUUUGACUUUUUUCAGAAAUUGCUGGAUCUGAUACAUUUGGAUUGCAGAAGUGAUGGUAUGGUGAAUUGAGGCAAAUAUUUUGUUAGCCUUAACAAAGAAAAACAUGAAGAUGAUUAAGGCUGUGCUGUAAGGUAUUAAUAAAAGAAUAUCACUGUGGGGACAAUGCUCAAUGAGCUAUGCAGUCCUCUGUUGACACUUGCUAACCUUGGAUUUAACAAAGUGCAAGUUCUGGUAGGUCUGUUCAGUGAUGUAGCAAGAUGUAAUCCAUCACAUGUUGAUGUGACUGUUGAGUGCAGCUAGACAAACAAGUUGCUGAAUUCAGAUGGAAGCAACACCGAUUCAAUUGCAUUCCACAAACCCUCAGCAACUGCCCAAGAAACGAAAAACCAUUGUCCACUCACUACACCAUGGAUGGCUUGGCAGUUUGGUAUUCAUUCUUUUGAAAAUUGCCGUAACAUUUUUUGCACCAGAACAAAAUACAGUUAGAUUAUUUUCUGUUGUUUGAGAAUAUUCCAAGAAAUCAUUUUCCAUUUGUUACAUAGUGUAUUUCCCAAAAUAGGCAGUGAGCACAUCAUUUAUCAGAUAUUACAGUUGCCUGCCUGUUGAAAGCAUUCUUUCAAAGAAGGAAGACGUAGUUGACAAAAUUCAUCUUUGCCUCCAAUAUGUCCAACUCAACCUUCAGGCAGUGGAGGAAAAGAGUAUACGAGGACCAAGAUCUCAAACCAAAGACUUUAAGUCAUUGGUUUGGACAACAUGCAGCAAACACCUCAGACCACUGGAGAAGUACCAGCAAAAUCCUUGUCUGCCCAAGGUUCUCUAUAUCCGGUGCUAGGAAAAGCGUACUAAUAGCAGCAACUUCUUACUAAGCCAACUGCCCAACAUUAAGACACUUCAUUCAAAACUAGCUCCCCUAUCAUUUGUGUUCCUGACACCAGACUCCUGAAACAAUUGCUCUUGCUUCACUCAGUUGCAGCAGGAGACUCUCAAGAAGACAGUGGAAAUCCUUUAGGGAUGUCCUUGAAGCGUAUUUAAAUUAGAUCGAAACAAAAUUUAUGAGAUCAGGUGGCUUGUGACAAAUAGAAUGGAGAGAGCACAUUCAGAAAUCAAUGAUCACAGAAACUUCAUUGGAACAUGUAUAAUCUAAAGGCAAGGUGUUGGAGGCAGUCCACAAACCUGCAAAACUCCUACCAAUCCAAACCCUCAAGCACCACCACCGCCACCCCCCCCCCCGCUCCGCCGUGUGGAAGAGCCUGCAGGUGGUGCAUUAGACUUAUCAGACAUCACAGAACUCGUGGAACUGGAGUGGAAGGAAAUCAACUUCAUAGAACUACCUAAAAAGAUUUAACACAAAAAAACUAAAUUAAAUUUACAAAAACAGCCGUUGAAAGUGUGACACUUUAGAAAUCCGUUCUUGUGAAUUAGUGAUAAAAAUACUUUCUUAUCGAGAUAUUAAAAUUAACUUUGUUAAUGUGAUCAAGUGUGUAUCAGUGAUUCCCAAACUUUUUCCCAUUGUCACCCUUAUUCUGAGACUUGAAAGUUGUCAUGACCUCUCUGUGAAGCUGAUGGGGGUGAGGAGAUGUUAACAGAGAGGGAACACAGUUAUUACAACUUGGUCAGAGCUUCAUGGUGGCCAACGCUGCAUCAGAUUUUGCAACUACAAAAUUCCAGCUCACCGCCCGACAUGGUUCCUGAAUCCCACUUUGGGAAGCCAAGUAAUAUAUAUUAUCACAGCAUUCCAGUUAAAGCAAAGCAAAUCUUUAAAUUUGAGUUGUGCCUUCUUGCCUAAUAAUUAUAUAAUUAUCAAACCUACUCUUUUAAUCCCCAUUUUAAUUCAUUGACUGUACAAACCUACCUGAUCGUGUCUCCUGUGCCCAAGAUUAAGGGGCAUGAAUACAUUGAAUUGGCUCAAAUGUUGACUGCCUUUUUACAGCUAGUUGACAAUGACUUUACUCAUUAUUGACUUCACAUUGAAAACAUUCUGUAAUAUCCUGUGAUGUGCUUUUAGCAGUGGAGCUGCAUUCGUGGUGUGGUAGACAGUUUUAAGGAAAUGAGAAAUCCUACUCCAGAUAUCCUGAGGCUGAGUGCUUACUGUCACAAAUGGUUAAUUAUUGAAUAACAUAUAACAAAACCCAAAAGAAACAAUUUUACAGAAAUAAUAGUCUUUUUAAAACUUGAAAUCAAUGACAUGGUCCUUCUGAAAUAUUCAAAGGGUUGUAGGACUUGGGUAGGAUUGGUCCUACUUGGAAGCCAGGGGUAUAAGUCCCCAGGAGCUCUUUAGACAUAUUUUUGGAGGCACAGGUUGACUUUUUUUUUAAAGCAAGUAAUUGCCAAUUAUUUGGAUACAUUUUCAGGAACAGUAUAAUUUUGCAUAAAUGUUUUAAUACUGAUUUACCCCUGCCUCCAUCCUUGCAUGUUCCUAUGCUGUCACUCUUGUGAGCUUGAGUGUAUUCUCCUCUUGGUUUUUCUUUUGUUGCUGAAAGAAGUUUAUGUGGAAGCUUCAACUUAAACGCAGGGCUGUCACUGUGUUGGAUCUUCUUUACCUUAAAGAUACAGCCAAGUGAUUUAUCAGGAUCCAGGUUAAGCCUGAAGAGGGCUUUGUUUUACUAAUCAAGCUGCUCUGUAUCACCAUUGGCAUUGUUUAAACUGGUUUCAAUUCUAGUAAGUUGGGUAAAAUGAUGUUUGCAAUCUGUGUUAUUCCUGCUAAGAGCUGUUUAAAUCUUGCAUUAUUACCAUUGAUACUGAGGAUGUAACCUUAUGAGGCUGUAAAAUUUCUGCAAUAUUCUAGUUACUGCUUUUCCCAGCUUGAACCAUCUGUGGAAACACGCUGAAUCACCUCUGCUUGUUUUGAGUCUCAAGUUUUUUUUGUCACAAACCUCUUUUUUUUAAACACGUAUAUAUCCUUGCAAAAUUCUUCAAUAUCAUACGUGAUGGUUUUAACAUCUACUUGUGAACGAAGAACACUUCCCCCCCGCCCCCACCACCGCCCCCCCUCUGUUACUCUGAUCAAAGUUUACUGAUGUGUUCGGUCCAAUACUGAAAACAGUUACUCCAGCAAACGCAUUCCAUGAAAAGUUAUCAGUUCUUAGUUUUCCAGUGACCCAUCCGAACAAAAUUCGUGUUGACACUCCAGAUGUGAAAAGUUGCAUUGUUGAUAAGUUAACCUUCAGUAGUCUUUUAUCAUUGGACCAACUAAUUUGUAAGUGCACAUGGUUUCAAUUUCUUCAACUAAUUGUCAUCUCAAAUAUUUUGAGUGUCCUUUUAACCUGCACUGUUAUUUUGUUUUCUAUGCAUAUUCUACUAUUACUUGAGAAUUGGUAUCUUAAUUUUAAGAGUAGAUUCACUUGUUUAGUAAAGGCAAAAGGAAUAUUGACAUUAAUCUGUGCUGAUUUCCAGUUACUUCCUAAUAAUAGGAAAAAUUCUAAAUCGGGUUUGUGCCAUGUGAAUUGAGAAAAGAGAAUACAUCAAAGAAAUGUUUUAACUCUUUCUUGAAAACUUGAAAGCAUUCAUAAUUUGACAACAAGUUACCUUGUCAGCAUGGGCUGGUUUGAUGAAGGAAACAACAGUUUGGCUGGUGUAGCUGUUUAACCAAUUUUGUGUUCCUGUGCUGGAUCUGAUUCUAUGUAUCAAUAGCAGAUGUGCAAUAUCUACUGUCUUUACAUUAGCAUUACAAUGACCUUCCCGAAUAUUUCGAGGCACCGUAGAGAUGAAAGACCACACUUUAGUCCGUUCUUUUUAUUGAACUUGAUUUCGUACUUGAAGACUGCGAGGAACGAUUUUAAAUCAGAGUUUUUCAUGCGGUUCUAAUGCCCCAUGUAAGACUGGAUUAGAUUAGAUUCCCCACAGUGUGGAAACAGGCCCAUUGGCCCAACAAGUCCACACCGCCCCUUGAAGCAUCCCGCCCAGACCUGCCCCCCCCGCCCCCGAUAACCCACACAUCCCUGAACACUACGGGUAAUUUAGCAUGGCCAAUCCACCUAGCCUGCACAUCUUUGGACUGUGGGAGGAAACCGGAGCACCCGGAGGAAACCCAUGCAGACACGGGGAGAAUGUGCAAACUCCACACAGACAAUCGCCCAAGGCUGGAAUUGAACCUGGGUCCCUGGUGCUGUGAGGCUGAAGUGCUAACCACUGUGCCACCCUGUAAGAUGUAAGAAAACUCCAAAAAGAGGUGCUCUAAUUGAUGACUCCCUGCUGUAUGUUUAACUACAGUGCAAGUGAAAAUCUAUUUAAUUAGAAUAUGGCCUACUAUCAUUUCUGAGUGCAUUUGCUUAUUUCUGUUCUGUUCCUUGUUUGCUGAUCAACAUUGCUGAAGAACUUUUCCUCAGUAUUCAAUUUCUUCCUAUUUCUCAGCCAUUUUUACUGUUUCUGGCAGUUCAAAACAUGAUGCAUUUAUGAAAAUGUUCAGGUGAAACAAGGAAUUUGGUUUAUAACUGAAAGAAAAAAUCAUUUAUUAGGUUGUCUUCUGAUCCUUUGACCCUUUAAAAGAAAUUUGCAGUAAAUGACCUCUAUUGUAAUGCAGGUGACAUGGUGGUGGACCUGGAGUGCAUGUUAACCUAGUUUUACUUUGGUAUUUUUUCCAGUUUAUUUUAGGGAUGGACUACGUUCAGAUCUUUAAAACAAAACAUUUAAACUUGCCCAUUUAUCUUCCACAUUUAAUCCUCUAAGUACUUCCUUGUUUUUAACAAUUUCUACAUUUUCCUCUCCCCAAACUAAGUUCAUCUGAAAUUUGGUAUAAUUGUUUUUACGUUCCACUCUGAUUUUGAAUCUGAAUGUAGGAUUUUAAUCAUAGAUGUGGGUUGGAAUUCUGCUUAACAUCACUUGAAAUCAAAUUAACUGCCUUGUCUUGUAGGUUUGUUAAUGUGUUGCUUUACAAGCAGUUCCCACAGACGUUAGGUAAAUGUUCACCGACAACAUGCUGACAAUUUCCAUUGGGCUCACUGUAGGCUUCUGAUCGGCCAUGAAAUCUAGCCUGAUGUACACCCCUUUUUGCAUGGGAAUCCAUUCCCUCAAUCAGCUAUCACACCCACCCUACUCCAACAUGCACCUCUUGAUCUGCCUUACCCAUCACUAACCACCUGAGUCAUCCAUCUGUCAACUCUUUGGUCACCCAUGCAUCGCCCUCAGUUUGAUCACCAUUUGUGCCACUUCUCCCUUUCCAUAAUUCCAUCAAUUCAUUGCUUUGUGAUAAUGAAAGAAUGCCUAGAUUUUGAACAGGAAUUUAUGCUUGAUUGAAAACAUUGUAAUAAAAUGCCUUUUUUUCCCAUGUAGAAUAGGGCUUCAGUCAUUUUGACUUGUUACUGUUGUGAAAAUGGGGCACAUAACAUAGUAGAAUGAGAUUUUAAAUUUACUCAAAACCUAUUCACUGACAGAAUUAAAAUUGGCACAGUGAUUAUAAACUUUUAUUUAAUCUAUUUUUUUUGGCAAAACAUUCUCCCUUUGGACGCUCUUUACAUCUAUUGUUUACUCCACCCUCCCCACCCUAUCUUCUGUACAAGACCAACUUUUUCCUAGCUACCAUCAAUUCUGAAGAAAUGUUAACUCUGAUUCCUCUCCACGUGACCUGCUGAGCUUUUCCAGCAAAUUCUGUUUUUGAUUAUUAUGCUUUUACUUGUUUCUGCCUUGUUCCUUACUGCAAUGAUCGUCCAACUGAAAUUAAACAGUAAAUAGAAGAAAUCUAAAAACACAAACCAUUAUAACAGUUCAUAAUAUUUUCCAAAAUUUGAUACCACAAGUCUCGAAAAUGAUCCUUGAAUACUGUUGUAUCUACACGUCGUGAAUCUCUGGUUUUAAUUUGUUUAUGCAAAGUAAUUGCCAGCGAUCCUUUGAAAAUGCUUCAUCUACAGUUAAUUAUAAAGUGCUGUGCCCAGUAACUUUGAUAUUUGUGUUUUAUAUCUGAAGCUUGACAAGAAAAUUACAUUUCUGCCACUUUAAAACACUGCUUUCACUUGUGGCACAUAUUAUUACGUGUUACAAAGUGGUAGGGCACUAUAAGAACUGUGUCCAUAAGAAGUAAUGCUGCGGGAACAAGACUGUGCUAAAUCAGGUGGGCAGUGGGGGAAAGGAAACUGAUCAAGUGUUUCUUUUCAUAAUACGCUGAACGGUUUGCAUUCUGUUAUGAUUUCACUUCUUUAUGAAUGCUUGAAAACACCGAUUAAGAGAAUGUUAUUUAAUCAGUACAUCCUUAAAGGCUAAAAGUCGUAAUAUUUCUGAAGUCCUGCACUGUAUUUUGAAGCUUCGUAUGGGUUUUUUCUGCAUUUCUAAUUUUACAAAGAGAUACCAUAAGCAUGUGAAGAAGAGUGAGGAAACUGUAAACCCAAUAAGCAAGGGACUUAAAAAUCAUCUUAACCUCAAGAUAGAUGUGUAAAUGUACUCUACAUAACCUAGAAUCACUUCUGUCCAUACCAUUCACAACAGAUCAAGUAUGUGGAUAAAUGCUGAAAAAGGUUAUCAGGGUCACUGAGCAUUACUCCUGAAUGUUGUGUUUGUUAAUAUUUACCUUCUUCGGAGAUGUAUGAAAAUUACUCUGCAGGUUUCAUUCACGUGUGUAGUAACUAUUGUAGAAGUGAUAUUUUAUUUUCUCGUGGGAAGUUAAAGGUUGUAGCCUCUGGAAACAAUUAAUCUUGGAAAAAUUACUGGAUACAUUUUCCAGAAUUUUGAUGAUAAACCUAUAUAUAUGUAAAUAUUUUCUGAUGCUUAUUCUACUACAUAUGAGAAGCUGGAUAACACAACUAUAUUGAUGAAUCAUGUAUAUUGUGGAAUUGAAUAAUUAGCAAAACAAUAUACUUGUUUCUUAACUCUUGUUUCAUGUUGUUUCAUUUCUAUUGAGAGAUUAUUAUGGAGAAUGCGAGCUUGGUCAUGAUAGGUAACCAACGAAUAUCAAUCUUAGUACAAGCAAAGAAUCUAUUUAUUUUAAAUGGGUCAAAAUAGAAAAUGUCUGCUAAUAUCUUUAAGCAGCAAUUCCUCAGCCUUAAUCCCAAAAUAAAUUGUCGAUGAGGGAAAAAGCUCUUCAUGGCAGUUACUCAUAAUAACCUCCUGGGAAACUGCAUGGCAAGGUGGCUGCAUUUCCUCAUUUGGCAACUCCUACUUUUAAAAGCAAAAUGUUACAUAAUUUCCUGGAAAUCCACAGAGAAGGAAUGAUUCAUUCAGGCUGUCAACUGGAUCAUGCUGUUCUUGAGACCGGUGGUAGUGUGUUUCUAUGUAAUUUCUUUUUCAAUAUUAUGUAAAAUUGGAUUUUGAUCAAAAUUAGUUUCUUUUUUGUUAAAGGAUAAGGAACCUUGGUGCUGUGAUGGUAAAUCAACCAUUAUCUACUUAACUGGCUCUAAGAGGAACUCCUGUUUCUCUGAAAAUAGAUUGUUUAAUGAAUUCAUCAAUGCUACAAACAUAAAGUGGGUAGAAGUGGUAGAGUAAAGAAUGUGCCCCAAUUAUUGAUCUGAGGUCAGAUUUGAAGAAUAGGUUGGGAUAAAUCAAUUUAUCCAUUUUCGUCUUAAAUUAGUUUAGGAGCGAAAAAAUAUUUUUUGUUUAAUGGAAAGUUGAUGUUUUAUUUAAACUGCAAUAAUAAUAUUUAAAAUAUGGAACACUUUAUAUCAAGAAUUUAUUAUUGUGUAUACAUGAGAAUUAAACUUGAAAAGAUAAUGGUAAUAUGAACUAACCUGAAUAUAUGUUAUACAUCAUGUAUAAUGAGAGAUUAUGCAUGAAUGAGGAUUAAAUGCUAAGUGUGCAGAUAUCGGAAUUAGGGCAGACAUUGUGUACAACCGUCAUUUAUACUUGAGUAUCUGAAAAUAAUAAGUGAGUCUACUCCCUCAUUUGAAAUCAAUCUCUUGACUGUUUGUUAGCUUUCUAUUUCAAUUUAAUAGUUCGCUCCUCCACUUAACAAUCUGCAAUAGUUGCUGCAUGGUUUAAAAAAGUGUGUAUUGCUUCUUAAUUGUGCUCUUUUCAGGUGCAUGAAGAGGACAGCGAGCUGCAAAUCGAAGUCUCCCACUUAGCCUCUGAUAUCUUACCAGAUGGCGUUCUGCUUUUGCAUGCUGAACAGUUUCCAUCUUAUGUUCCUGCAUAUGAAUGUGAAUGUACAUAUUUACAUGACUUUGGCACUAAAGAUUUUAUACAUGUUAAAGAAAAUAUGUUAACUUUAGAAUAUUAGUGAAGAUGGCAUGAAGAGUUUGUUGGACAUUACAUUAAUAAGUACUUUUUUUUCCCCUAAAAUUAACAGCAAAUUCACUACUCUGGUCUUAUUUCACCAUUUGUUUUCCAUCCACUUUAUAAAUUGUGAUUUACAUACCAUACCUUUUAUUAGAUUUAAGAGUUUAAAGAUGUAUAAUACUAUAUGUUGGACUUAUCCUUCACAUCCAUCAGUUUGAAAUUUUGUUUUAAAAAGAUCAAAAAGUGAAAUUAGAACAGUGACCGAGAUACAACAAUUCCCAGAAGGCCAGUCCAUGUAGGAGAGUACUUUGGAGAAUCUUUUGUAUUAACAGAUAAGAUGUUUGUACUGUCAGGUUUAUGACAGGAAGAGCAAAUACAUUAAAAGGUAAUUAAUUUUGUUUUGACUUCAGCAGUAUGUUUAAAACUUUUAGCUCAGAAGAACAUGGAAUUUAGUUCAGAAGAUAAAAUAGUUUCUCCUAGCAGGAGAAUCAAGUCUGUUCGGAUAAAAGAGAAAGCAAAAGUCUGUACAGUAUGUGACAUGACAAACACAUUCUGCAUGGUUAACUGUAUCGAUUAAAUAUUUUAAAAAUUGGCCAGAUGGUAUAAUAACAAUGUCAAUAAUCAGAGCAAGAUGGUGCAUUUAUUUAAAUAUUUCAUAUUUCUGUCUGACACUGAAAUU